GGUCGUUCACGUGGCCGUGCCAGCCAAUAGGCCGCCAGCGGGGGCGGGCCAGAGACGUGCGCCCGCCCAAUGGGAAGAGAAUGAGUGAGGGUGCGCGCGCAAAGCGGGGAGGAAGCGGUCUCGGCGGUGAGGUGAAGAGGGAGGAACUACUCGGGGCCGCUGGGGGGGACGGGUGGGUGGAUGAGACCAUUCCGAGGGGCCGUUGCGGGGAGUGUGGGCGCCAUAUUCUCGGUGCUCCUGGGGCGGGGGGAGGAGGGGCAACCGCCUGGGGGCUGUGGGGGGUGUGUGCAACCAUUCAGGUCCACCGAGGGGGGUGCAGCCAUCCGGGUGCUCGGGGCGGUGGGCGCCACCAUCCGGCCUCGCCGGGAGGGGAGUGCGCGGGGUGGGGUGGGGGCUUUGCGGGGCGCGGCUUGAGUAUAGGGCGGAGCAAAGGAGGGUGUGGCCGGGGGCGGGGCCGAGGCCUGGGCCACAGCAAGGCCGGAGCCCCUUGGUGUGGGGGCCUGGCACUGUCCCCAUCCCGGUCCCCAGCGCUGAGCGCAGCCUGGCAGCAGCAGGCAUCCCUACGCCAUGAGGUGUGUCGUCACAGGAGGCAACGUGAAAGCAGUUCUCGGCAAAGCUGUGCACUCCCUGUCGCGCAUCGGGGAUGAGCUCUACCUGGAGCCCACCGAGAAUGGGCUGUCACUGCGAGCCGUGAACUCCUCACGCUCCGCCUUCGCCUCCUUCCUCUUCGCGCCCCUCUUCUUCCAGCUCUACGAAAGGGGCAGCCCCCAGCGCACCGGGGAGCUCCUCCGCUGCAAAGUCCUCAUGAAGUCCUUCCUGGGCAUCUUCCGAUCGCUGCCCUCGCUGGAGAAGACAGUAGGGAAAUGCCUCAUCUUGCUCAAGCCCCAGGCUAGUCGCCUGGUUGUGCAGCUCCACUGCAAGUAUGGUGUCACCAAGACCCAUAACCUGGCCUUCCAGGAGUGCGAGCAGCUUCAGGCCGUCUUCAGCACCCAGCAGUGUGCAAACAGCCUCUGCGCCCCAGCCCGAGUCCUGGCCGAGGCUGUGGUCCACUUCCCCGCGACGCUGGCUGAGGUGACACUGGGCACCGGCCCUGGGGGCAGGAUCAGCCUCCGAAACUACGUGGAGGAUGAGAAGGAGUCAGGCAGGACCAUGGUGACAGAGCUGUGGCUGGCUGAGGACGAGUUCCAGGCGGUGGCUGUGGCCCCAGGGACCCGCAUCACCUUCUGCCUCAAGGAGUUUCGGGUAGGACCAGGCCCCCCAGCUGCCCCCUGCGCUCCCAUGCCCAGCCUCAAGCCCUCUGUGCUUCCAGGCCAGCGGUGUUCACCCUGGAUGACCCCCUGCUGGAAGUGCACCUGGUCUUGGCCACCCUCUCAGAUCCAGAAAGCAGCUCGCAAUCCCCCACAGCCAACAGACGAUCUUGAAUCCUACAUGAUUGCCAUGGAAACCAGUGCCUAUGAGGGAGGCUCCAGGGCACCCCCCAGCCCCACCUUCCCCCUGCGCACCCCUGGCCCAGCAGACAGUGAGCCCGAGGAAGAGGAGGAAGAAGAGGCCGUGCCAGGGACGCCCCCUCACAAGAAGUUUCGCUCGCUGUUUUUCGGCUCUGUGCUGACGCCGGGGGGGCCCUGCCUGGCCCCAACGCAGGAGGUGCUGGCGGAGGACAGCGAUGGGGAGUACUGACAGCCCCGAUGCCACCGAGCCCCCCAGCCCCUGAUGGCCCCCUGCGCUGUCAGUGGUGCCCCCAGCCUGCGAGCGUGGCCGCACUUGGAGACAGGCCGGCCCCUGGGGCCCUUCCGCCGUGGCAGCUGGUGCUGCCCGGGCCCCCCCUGCCCCCCUCCAGGGCUGGAUGCCUGGGCUCCUCUCGGAACAGCUGCAGCUGCAAACCAGGCACAGGGCUCCCCGGCCACAGCAUCACCCCUCAGUGCCCAGGCACCAUGGUGGUCACAGCCGGGCACUGCUGCCUCCCCAUCCCAGCGUCAGCCCCCAGACACAGGCACCCCCCCACGACCCAUUACAAGUUUAUUCCCAAAAAAACCUCUGCCCCCCCUCCACUGCCAUCUUGGGGACAGUUUCCCCAGUCACCCCUUGCAUUCCCAGCCCCAGAGGGGUGUUUUUGGUAUCGUGGAGUGUGGCGGGGGGGGAGGGGGAUAUUACAAAUAAAAAAACGAA